AUGCCGUCGAAAACUAAUUUCUACUUAACGAGACCUGGUAUCAGCGAUGGAUGGUGGCUUUGCACGCUGCUGCCUGCGUGCUACAUGGCAACAGUUUGGAGAAACUAUCAGCACCAUCACCAACCUCUCCAUCUACCGGAGGGCUUUAAGCGCACCGUAAUCGUGACCUUUGGCCUGCUGUUGCAUUCGCUGGCGAUUUGCGGCUUGGUCAGGGAACGAUUUAACCGGCGACAAACCGUUUUGCUGUUGUUUGCAUCUGGAGCACUAUGCUCGUUACUGUUUUACGUUUGUCUGGCAGAAAAUGCUGUGUUCUGCGUUCUCAGUGGUCUGCUGCCGAUCGUGUUUUACGAUCGAAUGUACUUCACGAUUCUCCGAACGGUACCAAAGAGCUUCACAUACGGAGAGGCCACAAUCGUUGCACAGGGCUUUGUGUGCUUCGCUUACUGCACUGUGUUGCAGCUGCCGCGCAUGAUGAUUCACUCAACUGAGCCGCAGAUGUCGCAGAUGAGAAUAAUAUAUUUUAUUCUGCAGGUUGGUCUAGCAGGCGUUGGAUUGCUUGUUGCGACAGCGUACUCAAUUCGAUUCCUGCGUAAGUCCGUCUCGUUUUGGAUCGCGCUUGCUGUGAUAACUGUGGCCGUGGCACUAUGUCCUAUUGGCAAACAACCGGCCAUCACGCGGCUGAUAGUCUUUCUUGCCAGCGACAUCGAAACAAUGGUAACAACGGGAGCAUAUCUCGCGCUACUUGUGCUCACCGCUACGUUCGUAAUGUGGCAAUUUAGUUAUGGGCGCCGGUCAACAACUGCCACCAGAAAGGUGUUCCAUUUGCUGAUCGUCAUGGUGUACGGUCCAGGACUGUGGUGCCAGUGCCGGUUGCUUUAUCUCGCCAGUGGCCUGAUGCUGGCGGUGUUGAUUGUUCUCGAGAUGGCUCGACUAGUACAACUUUGGCCGGUUGCACCGGCAUUGAAUGCAGCCGUUCGAUUGUUUAUCGACGAGAAGGAUUCUGGAGCCUUAGCACUGACACCACUCUAUCUGCUCAUUGGCUGCUCUCUUCCACUCUGGCUUCACCCGUCUCCCUGUGAUAUUACCAACUCUGCCGGCCUGCAAAUCCUGCCGCUUCUAUCCGGUGUCUUAUCUAUCGGUAUCGGUGACACAGCCGCUAGUGUCGCUGGGUACUAUCUUGGCAAACAUAAGUGGAGCGCACGAAGCAACAAAUCUGUAGAGGGAACGUUGGCCUGUGUACUGCUACAAUCGCUCACAGUUUGCACACUUUAUCGCCUGGGAGUAAUCUAUCUAAGCGUCAGUAGGACGGCCUAUGCCGGCAUAGCCAUAAUAGUCAACGCUCUCGUGGAAUCGAGGACCGAUCAGAUAGAUAAUCUGGUGCUUCCUCUAGUAACAUACUUCAUUCUGACCUGCUCAACGUGACGGUUAAGAACCCAUUG